AAUAAAGGCAGCGGCGCGUGGCCUAGGUAUCGCUUCCUGGGUCGUGUGACCUUGCUGCUUGAGUUCUUCGCGCUCCUUUGCCCGGCCUGUGACCACGAUGCUGGCUCUGCGCUGUGGCCCCCGCCUGCUGGGCCUGCUCUCCAGUCCGCGCUCCCCACCGCUGCUCCUCUCCGCGACCCGCGCCUGCAGCGACAGCGGAGCACGCGACCCGAACUCCUCCUCCCGGAACCCGCUCGUGUACUUGGACGUGGGCGCCGAUGGGCAGCCGCUGGGCCGCGUGGUACUGGAGCUAAAGGCAGAUGUCGUGCCAAAGACAGCAGAGAACUUCAGAGCCCUGUGCACUGGUGAGAAGGGCUUCGGCUACAAAGGUUCCACCUUCCACAGGGUGAUCCCAUCUUUCAUGUGCCAGGCUGGAGACUUCACCAACCACAAUGGCACAGGAGGGAAAUCCAUCUACGGAAGCCGCUUUCCUGACGAGAACUUCACACUGAAGCACGUGGGGCCAGGUGUUCUGUCCAUGGCAAACGCAGGCCCCAACACCAAUGGCUCUCAGUUCUUUAUAUGCACAAUAAAGACGGACUGGCUGGAUGGCAAGCAUGUGGUGUUCGGCCAUGUCAAAGAGGGCAUGGAUGUUGUGAAGAAAAUUGAAUCUUUUGGCUCCAAAAGUGGGAAGACAUCUAAGAAGAUUGUCAUCACAGACUGUGGCCAGUUGAGCUAAGUUACAGCCAAGAUGCUAGGACAGUAGCAGCCACCCAUGUGCUCUGAGCCUCAGGUGCCCCAAAGAACUGUUUAUGUCCACAUCCCCAGCUGAGUAUGAAGAAUGCUACUCAGGUACAUGGUCCUUCACAGGACCAGGCUGCUCUCGACUGUCCAUCCUUCCUCAGAUCCUGUUUCUGAGCAUCAGUGUGGCUAAUGGGCCAUGUACUCUCUCAGCAAGUGUCCCCAUGAGCCAUUUAUGUGUGCCUUGGACAUUGGCAUUGAUGACUAGUUAGCAUCCAGAGGAGGGUCCUGACUUUUUCCUUUUUCCUUGACCAGUAGGGACAGCAGUUGCUAUUUAAUGUCUUCCUCAUUGCAAUAAUUUAAUACAAUUACAUAGAAAGAAAACUGUGACACUAACUGCACUCUACUCUGUGAUCUGAGUUGGCACAAGCUACAACACUCUCCCCUCCCCCAAGCUUGGCUUCGGAGACUUCACUCAGGGCUCUUGUGAAAGUUCCUCAUGGUUACUGUGAAUCCUGCUGGUUAGCUGCUGUGACUUUUGAAGGGAGCCUGUGGGAUAGAAGCAACUGGACCUGGGGGCAGAUCUGUGUGCUGGGGCUGUCUGCUCAAUGUGAAUUCCUGUGUUCAAAACUGCCCAUGUGCAUACUGUCUUCAGGAGGAACCUGGCCUGUAUGUUAAAUAAAUCCAAUCUAUCAAUGAUAAUAUAUGUAAAAGAUUUCUGGAACAGUCCUGUGUGUUCAUUUCAAAUGUAAUAAUAAAUCCUAUUUUCUAUAAAA